AUGGCCAAACCUCAGCCUUCGUGGGGUCUCACUGGCCCCGAGGUGCCCCCAUCCCCACGAACGAUGCGGACGCUACGAAAGAUCCAGUCCCAUCAAGUCUUGACGACCUCGAGCGCCUUGAUUGCCAACACCCAGCCUCCCCUUCCAUCCGAUGGUCUUGAGAAUGGACCACCAACAGCGCCGGUGGGUGCUUCAGUGCGGGCACGGGCGCAUCGCCGCGCGCGAUCGAACAGCGAUGCUGCCACUCGCGAGGCAGCGGCAACAGCAACAGCUCCCGCCCCAACUCAAAGGCGCCCCGCGCGCAAGACGGGUUCUGGAAUCGGAUUGAAGCGCUCUGUGCUGGAGAAUCUUCUGCGCGACGGGCCUCAGAAUGGGAAUACGCGUGAGGGCCUGCAGGAGCUGAAGUACCUUGUCCUGUCGACCAGAGUCGACGCAGAUGGAGAUGGCAUGUCCUCGUAUCGCGUCUAUUUGUGGCUCAUUCUUCUGAAUAUUCCCCCUCUUCCUACCGACGACUACCUUGCUCUUGUUCACCGCGGCCGCUCCCCGGCAUACACCAAAAUCCGCAAUGACACUUUCCGCACCCUCGCUACUGACCCCCUCUUCAAACGCCGUGUCACCGAAGCCAGUCUGAUUCGGCUGCUUAACGCCGUGGCAUGGAAGCUCCAUGACUCGAAAACGAAGUCGCGUUCUCGACCCUCGUCCCGCAGACGCGAGAUGGAGCUUUUGGUGAACACUCCUCCCAGAAUUGCCGAAGACCCAUCUGUCCCUGAUGACUCUAGCAUGGGCUCUUCGGGUGAUUCGACUAUCUACGUCCAGGGAAUGAACGUGCUCUGCGCGCCCUUCCUGUAUGCCGCCCGUAGCGAGGUCGAAGCCUUUGCCCUGUUCCACUAUUUUGUUACCCGAGAAUGUCCUGGCUACAUUUGUGGGACUAUGGAUGGAGUGCACAAGGGCCUUCGCCUGGUCGACCGCUGCCUCGAGAUCGUGGAGCCCAAGCUUGCGGCUUACCUCUUCUCUAAGGGGAUGCAGGCGGAACUGUAUGCGUUCCCAUCUGUUUUGACCCUCUGUGCUUGCACACCCCCAUUGCCAGAGGUCUUACAUCUGUGGGAUUUCUUGUUUGCAUAUGGGCCACACCUGAAUAUUCUCUGCAUUGUUGCCCAACUCAUCCGCAUGCGGGACAUCAUUUUCGAGAGUCCGAGUCCCAACAAGAUUCUUCGGUCUUUCCCUCCUCUUGACGCCAAGGAGAUCAUCGCAUUGACAGUGCUUCUGGUCCGGAAGAUCCCUGAUGAUAUCUACGUAGAGCUGAUCAACCAUGCGAAAUGA